AAAAGUAGCAACGAUCGUCUUGUUUGGUGGUUGUUGUUUUUUUUAUCUUAUUUUUGGUAUUGGCUUGUAUUUUUCUUAUUUACUUGUAGCCUCUUUUUCGUCAGCCCUAUAAGGGUUACUCAAGAAUGCCGAAAACCAACUGCCGCAAGCGAUUCGUUUGAUUCUCCUGGUUGGGUAACUGUCUCUUUAAACUGUCUCCGUGUAAAUGGAAAUGGUGCCCAGCGACGAAAAUCAGCUUGUACCCAAAGAGAUAGAAAAUGCAGCAGAUGAACCCCGAGUGCUGUGUAUUAUUCAAGACACAACAAAUGCGAAGACUGUGAAUGAGCGAAUUACCUUAAAUCUUCCAGCUUCAACUUCUGUCAGAAAGGUUUUUGAGGAUGUGGCCUCUAAAGCUGGCUAUAUAAAUGGUACUUUUGACCUGAUAUGGGGCAGUGUAACAAACAUGGCUCCAUUAGACUAUAACAAUGAAAGAACUCUAACUGAAGCUGGUUUUGAACCAGGAAAAAAAAAUUUUCUACAUCUGACAGAUAAAGAUGGUGAGCAGCCUCAGGUAGCAUCAGAUGAAUCAGGAACAGCAGACAGCAGUGGCCUUGAAGACAGCUCUCAGGACAGAUUUAUUGGUCCUUUGGCAAGAGAUUGCACAGCUGGUUGCAGCAGUGACUACAGUAGCCAAAGUUACUCCUAUUCCUCUAUAUUGAGCAAAUCUGAAACAGGAUAUGUAGGUUUAGUAAACCAAGCUAUGACCUGCUAUUUAAACAGCUUACUUCAAACUCUUUUUAUGACUCCAGAAUUCAGGAAUGCGCUUUAUAAUUGGGAAUUUGAGGAAUUGGAGGAAGACCCAAUUACAAGUAUCCCAUACCAACUCCAACGGCUGUUUGUUUUGCUACAGACAAGUAAGAAAAGAGCUAUUGAAACAACAGAUGUGACCCGCAGCUUCGGUUGGGAUAGCAGUGAAGCUUGGCAGCAACAUGAUGUUCAAGAACUAUGCAGGGUAAUGUUUGAUGCACUGGAACAAAAAUGGAAGCAGACGGAGCAGGCUGAUCUUAUAAAUCAAUUGUAUCAAGGCAAGCUGAAGGAUUAUGUAAGAUGUCUAGAGUGUGGUUAUGAGAGUUGGAGAAUCGAUACAUAUUUGGACAUCCCACUUGUUAUCAGACCAUAUGGCUCCAGUCAAGCUUUUGGCAGUGUGGAAGAAGCACUUCAAGCCUUUAUCCAGCCUGAAACACUUGAUGGUGCAAAUCAGUAUUUCUGUGAACGCUGCAAAAAGAAAUGUGAUGCAAGAAAGGGUUUGAGGUUUCUGCAUUUUCCUUACCUUCUGACUCUCCAGUUAAAACGUUUUGAUUUUGACUACACCACCAUGCACAGAAUAAAGCUGAAUGACCGUAUGACAUUCCCAGAAGAGCUUGAUAUGGGUCCUUUUAUAGAUAUUGAGGAUGAGAAAUCACCACAGACAGAAAGUAGUACUGAUAGUGGUGCUGAAAAUGAAGGGAGCUGUCACAGUGAUCAAAUGAGCAAUGAUUUUUCUAAUGAUGAUGGUGUGGAUGAAGGCAUCUGCUUGGAGAAUAGCAGUGGUACUGAAAGAACACUAAAGUCAAAGAGUUCCUUAACAUUUGAGCUCUUCUCUGUUAUGGUCCACUCAGGGAGUGCAGCUGGAGGUCAUUAUUAUGCCUGCAUCAAAUCCUUUAGUGAUGGCCAGUGGUAUAGUUUCAAUGAUCAACAUGUAAGCAAGAUCACUCAAGAUGACAUUAAAAAAACAUAUGGAGGCGCCUCAGGGAGCAGAGGAUAUUAUUCUAGUGCCUUUGCAAGCUCUACAAAUGCAUACAUGUUAAUAUACAGACUUAAGGAUUCAUCAAGGAAUGCAAAGUUUAUGGAUGCUCAAGAAUUUCCAGAGCAUAUAAAGCGACUAGUUCACAAAGAAAAGGAAAUGGAGGAACACGAAAAGAAGCAACGUGAAAUUGAACGAAAUACUUGUAAGAUUAAAUUGUUUUGUAUGCAUCCUGUGAAAAUGAUAAUGAUGGAAAAAAAACUGGAGGUUCACAGAGAUAAAACACUGAAAGAAGCUGUUGAAAUAGCAUACAAGUUAAUGGAUUUGGAGGGAGUCAUACCACUUGAGUGCUGUCGUCUUGUCAAAUAUGAUGAAUUUCAUGAAUACCUCGAAAGGUCGUAUGAAGAAGAGGAAGACAAACAAAUGGGCUCUUUAUUGGGUGGAGUGAAGUCAUCCUAUAUGUUUGACCUGUUAUUAGAAACACGACGACCAGACCAGGUGUUCCAGCCUUAUAAGCCAGGGGAAGUUAUGGUAAAAGUUCAUGUGGUUGAUUUGAAAACUGAAAUUAUCGCACCUCCUGUCAGUGUUCGUGCUUAUCUGAACCAAACAGUGACAGAAUUUAAACAGCUUAUUGCACAGGCUACAGGUCUGUGUGCUGAAACAAUGAGAAUUGUUUUGGAAAGAUGCUAUAAUGAUUUGCGAUUACUCUAUGUACCUAACAAGACUCUAAAAGCAGAAGGUUUUUUUAGGAGCAAUAAGGUAUUUGUUGAAAGUUCAGAUUCUGCAGACUACCACGUCACGUUUUCAGAUUCCAAUUUAUGGAAACUUCUUGAUCGUCAUGGAAACACUAUUAAGCUGAAUGUUUCAUUACCAGAAUCAUCUCCCGUUUCCCAGACAUACAGGACUUUUUGCCAUAAACUUGGCAGUUCUGGCUUUUUGGAAGAUGCCAGUGACCGAGUUAAAGGAGCCCAAAAAUCAGUUGAAGCAAUUUUAGAAGCAAGCACUGAAAAACUUAAAAGCUUAUCACUCCAGCAGCAGCAACAACAACGUGCUACUAGUGAUUUCAAGACUACAGAAGCCAGUGACUUUGAAAAUAAUGAGUGUCCAUCUCAAGAGGUUGACUCGUGUGCUUCAGUUGACAAUAGGGAGCUGGAGAACCGGAUACAAACUUCGGACCCCGAAAACAACUUUCAGUCAGAGGAGCGUUCAGACUCUGAUAUAAACAAUGAUAGAAGCACUAGUUCAGUGGAUAGUGAUAUUCUUAGCUCCAGUCACAGUAGUGACACCUUGUGCAAUGCUGAUAAUGCCCAAAUCCCCUUAGCAAAUGGACUGGAUUCUCAUAGCAUCACAUGCAGCCGGCGGUCAAAAGCAAGUGAAGGAAGAAAAGAAACGUGGGACACUGCAGAAGAAGAUUCAGGAACAGACAGUGAAUAUGAUGAAAAAGGAAAGAGCAAAGGGGAAAUUCAUUGCAUGUACUUCAGAGCAGAGCCAUAUGCUUCAGAUGAAAAUUCAGGAAGUGGACAAAAAUAUUUAACUGUCCACGUUGAUAAGCGAAUAACACUGGCUGCCUUCAAGCAGAAUUUGGAGCCCUAUGUAGGAGUUCCAUCAUCCCAGUUUAAGGUCUUCCGUGUCUACGCAAACAAUCAAGAGUUUGAAAGCGUUCGACUAAAUGAAACUCUUUCUUCAUUUGCAGAUGAUAAUAAGAUAACUAUUAGGUUAGGAAGAGCACUGAAAAAGGGUGAAUACAGAGUCAAAGUUUACCAGCUACUAGUCAAUAAUCCUGAGCCUUGCAAGUUCCUGUUGGAUGCAGUGUUUGCAAAGGGGAUGACAGUCAGGCAGUCCAAGGAAGAGUUAUUACCCCAUCUUCAGGACCAAUGCAGACUUGACCUCACCAUUGAUAGGUUUAGACUGAGGAAAAAAACAUGGAAAAAUCCUGGAACUAUAUUUUUGGACUAUCAUGUAUAUGAAGAAGAUAUUAACAUUUCUAGCAACUGGGAGGUCUUCCUGGAAGUGCUUGAUGAUACAGAGAAAAUGAAAUCUAUGUCACAACUGGCAGUGCUAACCAGGAGAUGGCGUCCAGCACAAAUGAACCUAGAAUCCUUCCAGGAGGUUGUUUUAGAAAGCAAUAGUGUUGAUGAACUUAAGGAGAAACUUUCAGAAAUAAGUGAAAUUCCUUGUGAAAAUAUUGAAUUUGCGAAGGGUAGAGGGACAUUUCCAUGUGAAAUUUCUGUAUUGGAAAUUCAUCAGGAUUUGGACUGGAAUCCCAAGGUGUCAACACUCAAUGUCUGGCCACUUUAUAUUUGUGAUGAUGGAGCCGUUGUCUUUUACAGAGACAAGACUGAGGAGCUAAUGGACCUCUCAGAUGAAGAAAGAAAUGAACUUAUGAAAAAAGAAAGUAGUCGACUUCUAAAAACGGGACACCGAGUAAAUUAUUCACCUCGAAAGGAAAAGGCUUUGAAGAUCUAUUUGGAUGGAGCACCAAAUAAAGACUGUGGUCAGGACUGAAGUUAAAUGCUCUGCCUUUACAUGGUGGAGUUUUCCUUCAAUGCUGGCACACUACUGCUAUGCAGCACCAACAUGGCAGGCAGGGAUCUACUUUGGAGUAGAUCAGUAUCACCAGCGCUGACUGGCUGACAGUCGGAGCCCAACAGGGACUCUAAUUCAGAAUAAUGUUGUGCACUAUAGAUUAUUGUACUGUAAUGUUAUGUUAAAGGGAAGUGCAAAAGGUAUAAGAAAUUGCAAACAAGAAAAAGUUACUCUGCCGAAAGUUCCUAGACAAGUCUGCCUACUUGCUAGAACUGGCAGUUCAUAGCUGAAUGAACGCUAUGCACAAGCCUAUAAAACAGUAAUUUUUCCACUUACGUGCACAUUACCUCAUUCAACUAUCAAAACCAACUUGUAUCAAAAUGAGCCAGCCUUGGCCUCGACAAAGGGUAAAAUCACUGCUGCCAUCUUCCAUAGCUUUCAGCAUUAUAAUUUUGCCACACUGUUCACUGAUUUUUUUUUUUUUUAUUAAAAUCUCUGAAGUAUUUGUGUUUUCAUUAGCAAAACAUGAUUUACAUUUUUCAGCCAGGGAGUUUUUAACUUCAGUGCUUUCAGUGAUUAAAAACCCAACAUUGUCUCUGGGAAUACAUGUAAAUAAAAUUCUUCUCCUUGUUGCAGAGUUCUUGACUUGGAUCACUAAAGUCCACUGUACAUUUUUAAGGAUUUCUGAUUGUUGGAAAUAUCUCACUUUUAAUUGCUUAGUACAGGUACACAGUUUAAUAUAUUACCCAUAAAUAAUGAAAUGUGAUCAGCAUCUAAAGCUGCUAAGCUUUCUGUAAAUUAUCUCUUGUCAGAGUCAAUGUUUUUGGGUCACAUAACUGUGACAUGUUGCUGGUUUUAAUUUUGUCAUUUCUGUAGAUACAUUUCUUUCUCAGCAGAGAUUUAACACAUGUAAAAACCCAAUAGUUCAUUUGUUGAAGUGUGAAAACAAAAACAGUCUUAGAAGUAUGUCUUGCAUCAAAAGAGUUCAAAGGUGGAAGGUUUGGCUUUGCAGCACAAAUUUUACGGUGAUGGAGCUCUUCUCAUAUAGGCUUUGAAAGCACUGCCUAAUUUAUUCAACUCAACAAAUAUAAAAUGGUUUUGGAAACUGUUUCAUGUCAAAAGCUGUUUACAGUAGACAUGCCAAUAAAAACACAAAAAAACCUUUAA